AACAGAUUUCGCGCGAAAAAGCUGUGUCCCCCACCCCCAGUUUCCAGCCCUUGUUUGGAUGGGGAUCAGCUGGGAUAAUAAUAACAAUAACGGCGGACGACCGGGGCAGGUGAAGACACUUUUUGGGGGGGACCUGACGUGAGCCACGCGGGUGUUUAAUUCGACGGAGGUUUAGUUUUUGGACGCGUUCUCCUUACACUUUGUGUGGGACGUCUUCUUCCUGGAUUGUCCUCUACAAACCGACGGGCUCGGUGGCUAAUAUCCCGCUAGCAUAAGCUAAAAUGUCUUAAUUGUCUUAUUGAAAGCUAUUCUUUUAAACACAACGCACCCUUAACGUAAAUAAUGCCUUUGGAUGUUUAGUUUUUAUUGCCAUCGCAGCGCCGCUACUGCUACUAUUACUACUACUACCCGCGAAAGUGCUGCAAACUUUCGCGCGUCCUGCCGCGAAACAGCUGGCGGUUACAUUAUUGCUCGCUGGGGGCAAAAUGGCGAGUUUAUCGGUGCGUUUUUACACUUUAGUGUCCGUUUGAGACGGAUAGCUGAGUUAGCAUGCUGGCUGCUGGGCCUGCUCCCCUGCUGACAAGCCGCAGCUGUCCAGUUGCUCAGCAAGUGUUCAAAAAAGGUUGCAUUUAGUCUUGUGCAACCCCCCCCCCCCCUCCCCCCACCACAUUAGAAGUGGUGACGUAUGCUCGAUGAGGACAUCACGUGGUGUCUCCACUGUGGCCUCCAGUGACCUUUCAGGAGGGUCCAUCUUCAUCUUCUUGUGACAUAGCAGACCCGAGUCCAGAACCCUUUUUGGCCAUGUCAGAGACUCUGAUAACGGGUCACACGUCGGAGGAUCUCUUGGCCGACUUUGAGACUUUGCUGAACUCCGGGAGCAUCGGGCCGGGUCAGGACCACCAGAUCGUCAUCAUCACCAGCCCCGGCGACGGCUCGGGACUCCGUCUGGACGCCGCCCCCUCCAGCACGGGCGAAGUCCUGCUCUUCGCCACGCCGCAGGGACCCGUCGACGUGGCCUUCCAGGACAAGCGGCGCCCGGUUCUGGGAAGACCACCGGUUAAGAGGAAGUUGGACCUGGAUAGCGACCAUCAGUACGUUAGCACAAGUCGAGCGUCUUCAGUGCACGCGCCGCCAUCCACGCCGGCCCCUCCCCGAGUCCCUGGAGUCGCCACAGAGAAGUCUCGCUACGACACCUCCUUGAACUUGACCACCAAGCGCUUCCUGGACCUCCUGUCCCAGUCGGCCGACGGCGUGGUGGACCUCAACUGGGCCUCGCAGGUGCUUGAUGUCCAGAAGCGCCGCAUCUACGACAUCACCAACGUCCUGGAGGGCAUCCAGCUCAUUUCCAAGAAGUCUAAGAAUCACAUCCAGUGGCUUGGCAACCGGAUCGACGGGGAGACCGUGGCGCGCCAUCAGAAGCUGCGGAGGGAGGUGCGAGACCUCACGGCGGCCGAGGAUCAGCUAGACAAGCUGCUCUCCAAAUGCAACAUCCAGCUGCGACUGCUCACCGAGGAACCGCAGAGCAAGAGGCUGGGCUAUGUGCGCUGCCAGGACUUGAGGAAGUCCUUCGAUUCCCCGGACCAGCUGGUCAUGGUAAUCCGAGCUCCACCAGAGACCCAGAUGCAGGUGUCAGACCCCAGCGAGGGCUACCAGGUGUCGCUGAAGAGCACGCGGGCGCCCAUCGACGUCUUCCUCUGCCCGGACGACAGCUCCGGCGUCUGCAGCCCCGUGACAGGAAGUAGUCCGGAAAAAGUCGACCUCUCCCCGCCGCCGCGUCACCGGCGGCAGACACGACCUCGCCGCACGACAUCACCGGACAAAGAGCCGAGCACCACGGCGGCCUUAGAGGUGGCGUUGUCCUCGCCCUUGUCCUCGUCCUCUACGGUGACGGCGGCGACUCAGCCGGGCGCCUCGCUCGCCGGUGACACAGAACCCCUUUUGGGGGGCGACCCGUUCCCCAGCUUGGGGGACAUGGCGGACUUCAACUUCUCCACGGACUUCCUGAACGGUGAAAGCCUCGCCCUCCCGUUGGACGGCUUCAUCAACUUGUCCCCGCCUCACAGCCACGACUACCACUUUGGGCUGGAGGACGGCACGGGAAUCAGCGAACUGUUCGACUGCGACUUUGGCGACCUGUCGCAGGUUCUGGGGGAAAGCUAGAAGUACGAAAGAAGGACGGAGGAGAUUUAUGUCGGGAUUGUGGGAAACGUGGACGUUUUAAUACAAGCUGUUCCUUGUCGUGAACCAGUCAGUCACAGGGCUAAAGUAGCGCGGUGGACCCUCGGAAGUUUACCAACAGUGGAAUUGAACGUGGGUACAAUUUCACAUUACUUCUUCCCAUUUAAAUAAGAUUUUAGAACGUCUUGCAAGUGCAAAAAAAGUUAUGUUUUUGGGAAAAACCUGAAGCAACUUUCAUUGUUCCUUUUUAAGUACUAUUUUGAAGUAGUUUAAUACGUGCGUUAAAAUGCAAAAAUGUUUAUGUAACUGUUAAUCGUAAAUAUUACAAACAAUUAAACUUAUUUCCAUUAAUGUUCCUGUUCAAGUAACAUUUUUGCAAAAAAAAAAAAAAAUGUCGCAAACGAUAAAACAUCGCAAAAUAUUUUAGUUCGGUUUUUGCCGUUACCAAUUAAGUAACAUUUGAGCGUUGUUCAAAGAUGUUAGUAAAAAUACUUUAUGCAAGUUACGAUAAACCGUAGCAUUUGAGCGCUAUUGCCAUCAUUUUCAUUAAAGUAACAUUUUGGCAUUGUUUAACAUCACAAAUGUUCGUAAAGAAGAGACACAUUUCCGUUUUUAAAGUUAAAAACUUUUAAAAGUUUUUAACAUAGUAUGAAAACCUUAAAAUAGCAAAGAUUCGUAGCAACUUUUUUUUUUUGUUCUAUCAAAACGACGAACGUCAGCAAUGUGUAAAAAGUUAUUAAAAGUAAAGGUGACGUCAAUACGAGUAACAGUUUUGCAUCGUUAGAUGUCACCUAAGUGUAAAAUUUUAUCAAAAGUAAACGUUACGUCAUUAUGAGAAGCAGUUUCACCUUUUUAAACGUCACCUUUGUAUAAAAAGUUAUCAAAAGUAACGUUUACGUCAAUACAAGUAACAGUUUUGCAUCGUUAAACGUCACCAAUGUGUAAAAAGUUAUUAAAAGUAACGUUUACGUCAAUACAAGUAACAGUUUUGCAUCGUUAGAUGUCACCUAAGUGUAAAAUGUUAUCAAAAGUAAACGUUACGUCAUGAGUAGCAGUUUCACCUUUUUAAACGUCACCUACGUAUAAAAAGUUAUCAAAAGUAACGUUUACGUCAAUACAAGUAACAGUUUUGCAUCGUUAAACGUCACCUAUGUAUAAAAAGUUAUUAAGAUGAAACGUUACGUCAAUACAAGUAACAGUUUUGCAUCGUUAAACGUCACCUAUGUAUAAAAAGUUAUUAAGAUGAAACGUUACGUCAAUACGAGUAACAGUUUUGCAUCGUUUAACGUCAACUACAUAUGAAAAGUUAUCAAAAGUAACGUUAACGUCAAUUAGAGUAACAGGUUUGCAUUGCUUGAUGUUACUUACGCGUAAAACAUUAUUAAACGUAAACGUUACGUCAAUAUGAGUAACAGUUUCGCAUCGUUAAACGUCACCUGUGUAGUAACAAGUUAUUAAAAUUAAACGUUAACGUCAAUACGAGUAACAGUUUCGCAUUGUUUAUCGUCAACUACAUGUGAAAAGUUAUCAAAAGUAACGUUAACGUCAAUUAGAGUAACAGGUUUGCAUUGCUUGAUGUCACCUAUGCGUAAAACAUUAAAUGUAAACGUUACGUCAAUACGAGUAACAGUUUCGCAUCGUUAAACGUCAACAACGUGUAAAAGUAAACAACGUCAAUACGAGUAACAGUUUUGCAUCGUUAAACGUCAACAACGUGUAAAAGUAAACGUUAACUUCAAUACGAGUAACAGUUUCGCAUCGUUAAACGUCAACGUGUAAAAGUAAACGUUAAUGUCAAUACGAGUAACAGUUUCGCAUCGUUGAACGUCAACAAUGUGUAAAAGUUAUCAAAAAAAAACGUUAACGUCAAUACAAGUAAGUUUUGAAUCAUUAAACGUUAGCUAUGUGUAAAAAGUUAUUGAAAGUAAACCUUAACAUUAAUGAGUAACAGUUUUGCAUCGUUAAACAUUACCUGUGUAAAAAGUUAUCUAAAGUAAUGUUACCGUCAAUACGAGUAACCGUUUUGCAUCGUUAUAUGUCACCUACGUGUAAAACUUUACUCAAAAGUAAACGUCACGUCAAUACGAGUAGCAGUUUCACUUUGUUAAACGUCACAUAUGUAUAAAAAGUUAUUAAAAGUAACGUUACGUCAAUACGAGUAACAGUUUCGCAUCGUUCGAUGUCACCUACGUGUAAAACGUUAAAAGUAAACGUUACGUCAAUAUGAGUAACAGUUUCGCCUUGUUAAACAUUAUCUACGUGUAAAAAGUUAUUAAAAUUAAACGUUAACUUAAAAACUUUUUUCCGAUUUAUCAAUUUGAGUAACAUUUUCACAUCAUUAAAUCAUGUACGUGUAAUUAGUUAAAAAAACAAAAAAACAUUACAAAACACAAAUACUUAAACCUGGUCAAACGUCACGUACGUGUGAAAAGAAGUUGUUAAUACCCGACGUUGGAACAAAAAAAGUUCUCAGCACAUCUAUUAUUGAAAUGUACGUUACAUUGUUAAACUUCGCAAAUGUGAAGUCGGAUGAAUAUCAGUUCAAGUUAAAAACUGGGAAACUUGUAAAGUACAAUUUUUGCAUCGUUAAACAUGGCGGACGUGCAAAAAAGGUUUACACAAACAAUUUUUAAGCAUCAUUUUUGCAUCGUUACUCAUCAUCCGCGUGUAAAAAGUAGUCUAUAGUAACCGUUAAAACUCAUAGCAUAUUUUUUGGUGGUAAACGUUAAAAAUGCUAAAACGCGCAGCAAAGUUAUUUGUUCCAUUUUUACAAUUAAAAUAACAUUUUAGCAUUGUUGAACACGAAUGUAAAAUUGGACAAAGUGUAAAAAGAAGUUUAGACGUACAACUUUUGUUCCGUCAUUAAAAUUAGGUAACAUUUUUGCAUCUUUAACCAUCACCCGACGUGUGAAACAUUAUUAGUUAACGUUAAUACUCCCGCUGUUUUUAAGUCGCUACACAUCACGUCCUAAAACAAUUGCAAAUGUUUGUAUUCUAUCAAUACAUUUAGGUCACUUUUCACACCGAGUACAGGUGGGAAAAGUUGUUCGUAGUAAACAUCGCAAAUGCCAAAACUUGUAGUGACGUUUUUUUUUUGUCUCGUUAUUCUAAUUUAGAUCACUUUUCACGUUGGUAAACGUCACGUAGGUGUGAAAAGAAGUAAACGAUAAAGCUUGUUGCUACUUUUUUUGUCUUUUAAACACCACCAGUAAAUAUAAUUUUAACAUCGCUAAAUUGUGCUAAAUAAGUUACUGGUAAACGUUAAAAACGAUAAAACACGUUUUUUUUUAACUUAGCUUGUUAAAUGAUCAUUUUCUUCUUUGGUAUCAAGGGUAUAAACAUGCACACAUUUUUUUUUCGUAAUAAUAGUUGCUAAAUUUUAUGCCAUUUUCCGAUGUUUGGUCGCCAAACUUCUGAGGGUCCACUAAAGUGUUUAAGCGAGGUGUGGUGCUAAAUGUCUUGUCGUUUUUCUAACUGAAAAUCUCCCACCAAAAAUAGUGCGGCACUUGUCUGCGGCACCACCUUUUUAGCGGUGGUGUAGCGGUAUUUAAAUUAUUUAUGGAAUGGUCGGGUGUCGGAAGUGGCCUGUGCAAGAAGUGAGUGACUUUUAGGUUGUAGUCGCCGUCUUUUUAGAGGUGUUUGCCGACCAAGAGGCAUUUAGCUUAGUGUUAUCCCCAAAAAGGUAUGGAUCUCGGUAAGAAGAAGAAGAUGCAAGCAAUGGAUUGGGUUUGGGGUGUCGUUCUCAAAAGGUGUGUUCCGGUGGAAGCUAGCAGGUAAAAAAAAAAAGUGUAAUGGGAUGUGUCGGUAUGUUGGAUGUUCACAGUCUCAGGUGUGCCAAGUUAUUUUUCUUCUGGCUUAGUGAUCAUUUACCUUUUAACAAAUCCGACAUUCCUAUGGGAUUGGGUGGAUGCUUCCAGAAGGUUCCGAAAAAAGAGCACUUGAAGCGCUAAGUGGUCUUACGUUCUUCUUGUAAUGUUCCUGUUCAGUGCACUUAAAGAUGUCAUUUAAUUUUUUUUAAAUGCUGACUUUCAGACAUAAAAAAGUAUUUCGUAUUUUGUCAUAUUUACCGAUUUUGUAGAUAAACUCGGAACUGGUGUGCCGACAUGAUGAUCGGUAUACUAAAACCCAGUUCGCAAACCCAUGCCUUUAGAUUGCAUACAAAAUCCACGUAAACGUAAUAUUGUCCGCGUUGUUUCUUAUUGCUACCGAUUUCUAAGUUAUGUUGUGCUUUUUCUUUGGCUUGUGUGUUAAAAAUAGGUUUGCUGUAUUUUAAUUUUGUAUUUAUUAUUACUUUGUUGGGAUGGUAGAGAAAUGAUACAAGCCUUACUUGCCGGAAUAGGACUUUUAUCAUAUCGUUUUUUUUAAUCGGUAAAUCCAGUCAGAAAAAUCAAGAAUGACCUUAUUUAAUUUUGCGCUUCAGAUUUGUAUAUUUUGACUCCAUCACUUGCAUCACUUUAUUAUUUCAUAUAUAUUUGUAUCGGCAUCAGGAUCGCCUCCUUUAAAAGUACUUUUAAAAUCGACCUAAUUGAAUGAAUCAUAUGCGUAACUUCAAAUUUAUCGGCUUCUUGUUCGCAGAACACAGCCCACAGUUUUAUUUUGAUCAUGUUCAAAUUUGGUGUACUCUUAAUUUUACUUCUGUUCUCAACAUGGGCCAAAAAUCUGAUUUUCACUUUUAAUUUUGACUAUUUAUUGGCUUCUUGUUCGCAGAACACAGCCCACAGUUUUAUUUUGAUCAUGUUCAAAUUUGGUGUACUCUUAAUUUUACUUCUGUUCUCAACAUGGGCCAAAAAUCAGAUUUCCACUUUUAAUUUGGACUUUUUAUCGGAUUCUUGUUCGCGGAACACAGCCCACAGUUUUAUUUUGAUCAUGUUUAAAGUUGGUGUGCUCUUAACUUUACUUCUGUUCUCAACAUGGGCCAAAUAUCAGAUUUUCACUUUUAAUUUUGACCAUUUAUUGGAUUCUUGUUCGCAGAACACAGCCCACAGUUUUAUUUUGAUCAUGUUCAAAUUUGGUGUACUCUUAAUUUUACUUCUGUUCUCAACAUGGGCCAAAAAUCAGAUUUCCACUUUUAAUUUGGACUUUUUAUCGGAUUCUUGUUCGCGGAACACAGCCCACAGUUUUAUUUUGAUCAUGUUUAAAUUUGGUGUGCUCUUAAUUUUACUUCUGUUCUCAACAUGGACCAAAAAUCAGAUUUUCACUUUUAAUUUUGACUAUUUAUUGGAUUUUUGUUCGGAGAACACAGCCCACAGUUUUAUUUUGAUCAUGUUCAAAUUUGGUUUGCUCUUAACUUUACUUCUGUUCUCAACAUGGACCAAAAAUCAGAUUUUCACUUUUAAUUUUGACUAUUUAUUGGAUUCUUGUUCGCAGAACACAGCCCACAGUUUUUUUUUUUGAUCAUGUUCAAAUUUGGUUUGCUCUUAACUUUACUUCUGUUCUCAACAUGGACCAAAAAUCAGAUUUUCACUUUUAAUUUUGACUAUUUAUUGGAUUUUUGUUCGCAGAACACAGCCCACAGUUUUAUUUUGAUCAUGUUCAAAUUUGGUUUGCUCUUAACUUUACUUCUGUUCUCAACAUGGACCAAAAAUCAGAUUUUCACUUUUAAUUUUGACUAUUUAUUGGAUUCUUGUUCGCAGAACACAGCCCACAGUUUUGUUUUGAUCAUGUUCAAAUUUGGUUUGCUCUUAACUUUACUUCUGUUCUCAACAUGGGCCAAAAAUCAGAUUUUCACUUUUAAUUUGGACUAUUUAUCGGAUUCUUGUUCGCAGAACACAGCCCACAGUUUUAUUUUGAUCAUGUUCAAAUUUGGUUUGCUCUUAACUUUACUUCUGUUCUCAACAUGGACCAAAAAUCAGAUUUUCACUUUUAAUUUUGACUAUUUAUUGGAUUCUUGUUCGCAGAACACAGCCCACAGUUUUAUUUUGAUCAUGUUCAAAUUUGGUUUGCUCUUAACUUUACUUCUGUUCUCAACAUGGACCAAAAAUCAGAUUUUCACUUUUAAUUUUGACUAUUUAUUGGAUUUUUGUUUGCAGAACACAGCCCACAGUUUGUUUUUUGAUCAUGUUCAAAUUUGGUUUGCUUUUAACUUUACUUCUGUUCUCAACAUGGGCCAAAAAUCAGAUUUCCAAUUUUAAUUCAGACUUUUUAUCGGAUUCUUGUUCGCAGAACACAGCCUACAGUUUUAUUUUGAUCAUGUUUAAAUUUGGUGUGCUCUUAACUUUACUUCUGUUUUCAACAUGGACCAAAAAUCAGAUUUUCACUUUUAGUUUGGACUAUUUAUCGGAUUCUUGUUCGCAAAACACAGCCACCAGUUUUUUUUUGAUCAUGUUCAAAUUUGGUUUGCUCUUCACUUUACUUCUGUUCUCAACAUGGGCCAAAAAUCAGAUUUCCACUUUAUAAUUUAGACUAUUUAAUGAGCCCUUUUUGCCUGCAUGAGCGUGGUGGAGCUGCCUGACUAACGCUGACGCCACUUGCUCUAAGUUGAACAUGGAGGUGGAAUAAGUUGUUUAUUAGCUGUGGUUUGAUGUCAUGAAGGCAAAUUAGCGCCACCCCUGCAGGGUUCAAAGUAAUUUGAAAUCCAUUUCUGAAAAUGAAGAAAAAAUAGUCACAUCUUGAAAUGCACGCCCAAACUAUUAAGAUUAUAUUUUUUUCAGGUUUUAUUUUUGUCAUUAGUUCUUUUGGUUUUGUUUUAACAAAAAAGACUUUUUGUGUAGCCUAUUUUGUAUCCAUUUUUAACUGACAAAAAUAAAAAGUGAACUAUU